AAUGGGUGAAAUGUGUAUAUAUAAUGGUCUUUCUGAGGAAAAUAUCAUUUCAUUCUCACCAUGUGUCUGCGUGGUUACAAGCUAUUGUGGUCCAAUAUUUCCCCGCAUCACCAGAUCAACAAUGAUGAUGCAAGAAGGUGGUAUAUAAUUCUAAACAUAUUCCAUCAGUCCAUAUAUAUUCUUAAAGAUCCCUGCAAUGAGCCGAAUAAAUAGACACUCAAGUGUCAUGCUGAUGCAGUAUUAUAGAGCCUGUAUAUUAGCUUGCCGUUGGCGCCCACACAAAUCAAAAGCGAUUCUCCAAUUUGACUCCUUCACCAAACAAACAACCACCGUCGCUUCUGGCAAAGCGUUUGCCCGGUCACACCAUACUUGACUUGCCUUCCAUCAUUUUCGACAAAACACAAGGAAUACUCAACUCAUAUCUAAAGUGUUUGCAAAAAUGGCUGCAAGUGAUCAACACCGAUUCUCAAUUCUGGUCAUCAACCCCAACACAUCUACGCACAUGACCGAUGGGUUGAAGCCUAUACUGGAAAGCCUUCAAUAUACAGAUGUCCAAUUCGACUACUUUACGGCACCUUCAGAGUCUGUUACACUUCCUGAUGGACGCAUCAUUGAAAGCGUACCCAGCAUAAACUCAGGCGAAGAUUCUGUGCAAUCCGCAAUUCAUUGCAGAGGUUUUUUGGAGCCAUUGGUACCCAAAUAUGAUGCCUUUCUGGUGGCCUGCUACUCGGCUCAUCCACUCGUUGGGAUGCUGAAAGAAGAGAUUCUGAGAUUAGAAGAAGCAAUUCCAACAGGAGGAUCGCUGUCAUCGAGAUCCCAGCGGAAAUACGUGACUGGGAUAUUUGAAGCUAGCGUUACAACAUCCCUGUCUCUGAUCAGUUCCUUUCACCUCACAGAUGAUCGGGAAUUCCACAAAGCGCAGGCCAAAGACACUUUUGGCAUUGUAUCCACAGGCAGCAUCUGGGAGACUGAGCUCAGCAAAGCAGUCGCGGACAUGCUUGUCAAUUCCGAUAAUGUUUCCACCUCGCGCUUCGCUGGGGUCGAGACCACCGGGCUCACAGCAGUCGAGCUGCACACGAUACCGGCUGAGGAGGUGAGGCGGAGGAUGAUUGGUGCUACUGAGAGGCUUAUUAGGAGCACAUCGAACUCUGUGAGUGCGAUCUGCAUGGGGUGUGCUGGCAUGGCUGGGAUGGAGGAAGCAGUGCGAGAGGGCUGUAUUAAGGCAUAUGGUGCGCAACAAGGGCAUAGAGUGAGGAUAGUAGACGGUGUAGUCGCGGGGGCUGGGAUACUUGUGGCAGCCUGCAAGGCAGGAUUCUAAGCAGCAUAUAUGUUGAUGGUCAAUGUUUGAGUGCUCCAUGAGUAUCUGGAUGUCGUAAUGGUUAGCACGGAGACGUUUGCCUAAUAUGUCAGAAUCAUAAAAGCGUAAAAGGAUAUCAAAACGAAGAAUAUCGUUAUUUCAUUUUGAAACAACCAUCUCAGCCUCAAUAAAGGUAAAAUUCACGAC